AUGUCAGACUUACUCAGAAAGAGGUUCUUGAAGAUUGCCCAAAGUGGGAUAGUUGCACAGUAUACUCCUAAACAACUAAGUGAGUUGAGAUUAGAAUUACUCGCAUUCCCCACAGACUCGUUAAACCCCGUGGAAUUUUUCAGUUUACUUGAACUUCAAUUCUAUGUUUCACUCCUUACGAAUCAUGAUGUUGAAGCCAAGGCAGCAUUGGAUAGAAUUGUAGAUCAAUUCGGAGCAGACAAAUCUCAAAGAAUUAAAGUUCUUCAAUCAUUAUAUCUUGAGUCCAUUGGAGAAGAUGAAAAAGCCACUAAGAUUCUUACAGGGAAUCCAGAUGAAUUAGAAUUAUCAAGAAGACUUACUACUUUCAGUAGAAAAACUGGCAAAAAUAACAAUGAAGAUAAUUCAGAUUACAUAAAUACAUUAAUAUUUUUCCUUGAUUUAACUCCUUCAGAUAUCAAAACUUGGGCUGAACUUGCCAACGAAUAUAGUAAAACUGGGAAUUAUGAAAGGGCAAUCUUUUGUUAUAAGGAAAUCUUAUUAUACGAACCAUAUGCAUACAAUAUUUUUUAUAAAGUGGGUUUGCAAUACUAUUAUCAUUUCUUACAAAUUGAAUCUGGAUUAAGAGAUAAGAAAGAGAAAUUGUUGGAAGCAGUGGACAUUCUUACAAAUUCAAGGAAUAACUUUUUACGUUCAGUAGAGUUAUGUGAAAGUUUUGAAAAAGGUUGGUUAGGCGUAUACACAAUUGGAGAAUUAGAAUUUAAUAAGAAACUUUCUUCGAAAUCACCUUCCAAAGAAAGUCGGAUAUUUUUGGAAGAUGGUGAUAAAUUACGGGACUUAUCAAAGAAGAAUAGUGGAUCUCUCAUAUCAUUAGAUAAAAUCAAUUGA